CCCACCCAGACCCCUGGCUGAGCCUUCUGCCCAGAGCCCCAUGAAGCUGAUGGCCCUGCAGCUGCUCCUCUGGCACUGCGCGCUCUGGACGGUGCACGAAGCCACCCCCCUGGGCCCUGCCCGCUCCCUGCCCCAGGGCUUCCUGCUCAAGUGCUUAGAGCAAGUGAGGAAAAUCCAGGCUGAUGGCGCCGAGCUGCAGGAGAGGCUGUGUGCCGCCCACAAGCUGUGCCACCCGGAGGAGCUGGUCCUGCUCGGGCACUCUCUGGGCAUCCCCCAGGCUCCCCUGGGCAGCUGCUCCAGCCAGUCCCUGGAGCUGACAAGUUGCCUGGACCAACUGCACGGCGGCCUCUUUCUCUACGAGGGCCUCCUGCAGGCCCUGGCGGGCAUCUCCCCAGAGCUGGCCCCCACCUUGGACACACUGCAGCUGGACGUCACCGACUUUGCCACCAACAUCUGGCUGCAGAUGGAGGACCUGGGGGUGGCCCCGGCUGUGCAGCCCACCCAGGGCACCAUGCCAACCUUCACCUCAGCUUUCCAGCGCCGAGCAGGAGGGGUCCUGGUUGCUUCCAAGCUGCAGAGUUUCCUGGAGCUGGCAUACCGUGUCCUGCGCUACCUUGCCGAGCCCUGAGCAGAGCUCUUCCCCUCUAGUGUAUUUAUCUCUAUAUUUAAUAUUUAUGCUUAUUUAAACCUAAUAUUUAAAGACAGGAAAGCACAGAAAGGAGCCCCAGGCUCCUGGGUCCUUCCUUCCACCUCCAUGUGGGGAAACCCCCCGUCUUCCGUACCGGGACUGGGAGGGAGUUGGUAAAUACCAAGUAUUACUUCUCGUGGCUGCUCCAGGCCUGGCUCUGCGGUGGACUCUGGGGAGAGCCGCAGUGAACCCCUACCCUGAGGGUGCCCACCUCGGGGCCCUUGGAAGCAUCAGGAAGUCUCCUAAGUGGGAGACGAGACAGCCCUGUUUAAUAUUUAAACAGCAGUGUUCCCCAACUGGGUCCUUGCCCCCUGGCUCCAGCCCUGCAUUCAGGCAUGAAGCCCAGCAGAGGCAGCUGGAGUGGGAUGCUUGACCCUGGGGUCCCACGAAUUCGCUGGGGAAACUUCUUCUUUUUAAGACAUUUUUCAGGCACAUUUUGACUCCUCAUGUGGGGAGCCCAGGCAUUAGUGACGCCUCUUGUUUUUCUGGAUGCGCUAUAGACGCCAUGAGGCUCAUGACCCUGCUCCACCCCACUGGGGUUGGGGUCAGGGUUCUGACUCUCUUCUGGGCUGGACAGAUGGUCGUGUGUCUCUGCCUUGCUGGGUGAGACUGGGAACGCGGAAAAGAAAGAUGAGGGGGCU